AUGCCCGCAAGCGAGCCAUCGAUAGUUUACGUAGUCGGACCAACGGCAGCGGGCAAGACCCGCCUGGGCAUUGAGCUUGCCCAAAGACUGAACGGGAAAAUAAUCAACGCCGACAGCCGCCAGGUUUACCGGUACAUGGAUAUUGGCACUGCCAAGCCAACCGCAGAAGAGCAACAACUGGCCUCUCACCAUCUCCUUGACCUUCAUUCUCCCGACCAGAAUUUCAGCUUGGGUGUCUUCUUGUCUCUUGCCAAAAAGACUGUUGCCGAGAUACAAGGGCAGGGAAAGCUGCCUAUAGUAGUCGGUGGGACAGGCCAGUACAUUUGGGCCCUGUUGGAAGGUUGGGACGUUCCAGAAGUCCCUCCCGACGAGGAAUUCCGAAAGAAGCUUGAGACCGAGGCAGCAGAAAUGGGCCACGAAGGGCUGCACCGCCUGCUUCAGUCUAUCGACCCUGAAAGAGCUUCGGAACUGGAUCCACGCAACAUUCGGCGGGUAAUACGUGCCCUUGAAAUCCAUCACUUAACCGGAACCAUGCCUUCCUCGUUCGGCAAGGCAACAGGAUUGGGACUCCCUGGUCCCAUCCUCGGCUUGACUAUGGAACGGGAAGACCUCUACGACCGCAUUGACCGGCGCGUCGACCAGAUGAUGCAACAGGGCUUCCUCCAGGAGGCAACGCUCCUGACCGAAAUGGGUUUCUGCCUCGGCAAGGGCCCUCUGGCAUGCCCUGGGUACCGCGAAUUAGGGCUGCACCUGGCCGGUGACAUUACGCUUGAAGAUGCCGUCCAACGCAUCAAGUUCCAGACCCACCGCCUGGCACGGCGCCAAUACUCCUGGUUCAAGCUGAGUGACCCGCGAAUUUCCUGGCUAAAUGGUGCUUCUGAGGACUUGUUCAGCGCGGCUGAACUUCAGACCUACAGCUAG